GAUCCCACUAGAUAGACGACGGGAAACCAUUACCACAGCACCACCAAUCCAACAAAACUAGGCUUCCUAGUUCCUACUCUUUCGACGAAGGCACAACACUACAGAAGAGAAGCUUCAGAGUCUUCGUACUCGCCUUCCUCAUCUUCUUCCUCAAUGGCUUCAAAGCUCUGUGACUCAUGCAAGUCAGCAACGGCAACGUUGUUUUGUCGAGCUGACUCAGCUUUUCUAUGCAUCAGCUGCGACUCCAAAAUCCACGCGGCAAACAAGCUUGCCUCUCGCCACGCGCGUGUCUCGGUCUGCGAAGUCUGUGAGCAAGCCCCAGCCCAUUUCACCUGCAAGGCAGACGCGGCUGCUCUCUGUGUUACCUGUGACCGUGACAUCCACUCGGCAAACCCUCUCGCUAGUCGGCACGAGCGUGUCCCUAUCACUCCGUUUUUCGACUCGUCCUCCACUGUGCACGGCGGUGGGGCAGCCGUGAACUUGUUGGAGGAUCGGUACUUUGAUGAAGUGGAUGGUGGUCGUGGUGAUGUUAGCAGGGAGGAGGCAGAGGCGGAGUCGUGGCUGUUGCCUAACCCGGGUGGGGGGACUACUAAGGGGGUGGAUAGUGUGGAUCUGAAUACCGGUCAGUAUGUGUUUGGUUCGGAAAUGGAUCCGUAUUUGGAUUUGGAUCCGUAUGUGGAUCCAAAAGUGGAAGUGCAAGAGCAGAACAGUUCAGGGACUACUGAUGGGGUGGUGCCUGUGCAAAGUAACAAACUAGGAUUUCAAGCUCCUGCUUUGGUCAAUGAUCAUUGCUGCUAUGAGUUGGAUUUCUCUACUGGAUCGAAGUCUUUUGGUGGUGGCUAUGGCUAUAACUCCUUGAGCCACAGUGUUUCUUCUUCAUCUCUUGAUGUUGGAGUGGUACCAGAUGGAAGUGGAAGUACCUUGACAGACAUAUCUAACCCAUACUGUAGUAGAUCAGUGAGCAACGGAAUGGAGUCAGCAAACCAGACAGUGCAACUAUCGGCAGUUGACCGUGAAGCAAGGGUGUUGAGGUACAGAGAGAAGAGGAAGAACAGAAAAUUCGAGAAGACAAUUCGAUACGCAUCAAGAAAAGCCUAUGCCGAAACAAGGCCACGAAUCAAAGGAAGGUUUGCUAAACGUACAGAUACUGAAGUCGAGGUUGAUCGAAGUAGUCUGUAUGGAUUCGGUGUUGUUCCAUCGUUCUAAUUUCACUUGUCUUUCAUUGACAAAGCUAGAAUUCGAAUUUGUCGACCUCACAAGAAGACUGGUGAGUUCCGAUGAGCUUCAAGCUCAUUGGUGAUCACUCCCUCCUUGUUGUCACAAUAAUUCUAAGUCUUUUUUUUUUAUCUCCUUUUGUAUAGGAGAUUGAUGUUGUAAUCUUUGUUGCCCACCAGUGGUGUUGUAUAUAAGUAGAAUGGAUUUCUAUCUUGUAA